CUGAUCACAGCAGUGAGUGUCAUAUUGGUGACAAAUACGUUAUUUUUAAUGAAAAGUUUAAUCCUAAAUAAACAUUUUAACUGUGGAUAACUCUCAUAUAAUAUACAUAAUAAAUAUGUAAAUAAUGCUCAUGUUUGGUAUACAUGAUUUACACUGAUUUAGACAUACAUUUUUAGAAAAGAAGUAUUGAAAGCAAUGUGCAUAUUCUAUUCAGAACCAUGACAGAAAAUAGGAAAAGAUCUCGUGAAGAUGACGCUUGUGAGUUUAUGCCUUUGUCAAAAAGGAUUAAUAAUCUUCAUAUAAAUAAUAAUAUAAAUGCAGUAUCGUCGCAGUCAUCAGAUUCUAGUCAUAGUAACGGAAUUACUGAUGUCAUGGAUAAUGGUACAAGUUCAUCAUCAGACUCGGAAAGGAGACCGAGUUAUGAUCCUGGAAUCAAUUCAACAGAUAGCAGAUAUUAUUAUGAAAAUAAAUUAUUGUUCGAAUUACAUUUAGAGAGGAUACAAAGAUCAGGGCAGCAGUUUCCGUUUUAAAUAGUUUUGUAAGCUUUUUCAUUGUUACCUGUGUAAUGUCUGCUAGAAUGUAUUUAAUUUUUAGAUUUGAAUGUGUUAAUAAAUAUUUGUAUGUCAACA